CUCUAUAAAAAGCGAAAGAGCUCUGGCGGCAGCGAGGGACAGCACUGAGCUCUGCCGCCUGGCCAUAGCCGCCUGCCCGGGCACCUGCCUGGACCCUCACCCACCCUUGGCCAUGGCUCUGAUAUCUCUCUGGUGGCUGCUUCGCUUGGCCACCCUCUGCCAUCUGACUGUCCUGCUGGCCGGACAGCACCACGGUGUGAGGAAAUGCAACAUCACGUGCAGCAAGAUGACGUCAGUAAGGAUACCUGUGACUUUGCUCAUCCGCUAUCAACACAACCAGGCAUCGUGUGGCAAACCUGCCAUCAUCUUGGAGACGAGAAAGAACAAGCUGUUCUGUGCUGACCCGAAGGAGAAAUGGGUCCAGGAAGCCAAGCAGCAUCUAGACCGCCAGGCUGCUGCUCGGACUCAAAACCACGGCACCUUCGAGAAGCUGAUCGGCGGGACGAUGCCCUGGACCGCCCCUGCCGCCGGGGUAAUGGACGAGUCUGUGGUCCUGAAGCCGGAAGCCACAGGCGAAAGCAGUAGCCUGGAGCUGACCCCUUCUUCCCAGGAGGAACAGAGGGCCCUGGGGACCUCCCCAGAGCUGCCGACGGUAGUGGCCGGUUCCUCAGGGACCAGGUUUCCCCCGACACCAAAGGCUCAGGAUGGAGGGCCUGCGGGCACGGAGCUUUUCGGCCUGCCUCCUGUCUCUACUGCUGCUCCGUGGCAGAGUUCUGCUCUCCACCAACCUGGGCCCACCUCUGACGCCCCCUCCACCCAGGCCCCCUCCACCCAGGCCCCCUCUACCCAGGCCCCCACUACGUCCUCCCCAGCCCCAGAGGAGAACACUGGGUCUGAAGGCCAGCCAGUGUGGAGUCAGGGACAGAGCCCCAGGCCAGAGCCCUCUCUGGAGCCGGAGAUGAGUUCCGUGCCAGCGCACAGGGAUGCCCUCCGGUACUGGGGGCCUGGCAGCAUGGCCCACAUCUCUGUGGUCCCUGUCUCCUCGGAAGGGACGCCCAGCAGGGAGCCAGUGACUUCAGGCAGCUGGACCCCUAAGUCUGAGGAACCCAUCCAUCCCACCAUGAAUUCCCAGAGGCUGAGCGUUCUUAUCACUCCUACCCCUGACACCCAGGAAGCCACCAGGAGGCAGGCGGUGGGGCUGCUGGCCUUCCUUGGCCUCCUCUUCUGCCUGGGGGUGGCCAUGUUCGCCUACCAGAACCUCCAGGGCUGCCCUCGGAAGAUGGCAGGGGAGAUGGUGGAAGGCCUUCGCUACGUCCCCCGGAGCUGUGGCAGUAACUCGUAUGUCCUGGUGCCUGUGUGAACUCCCCCGGCCUGGGCCUAGUUGUUUGAUUCAGACAGCUGCCUGGGGUCCCUCAUCCUCAAACCCACCCCCACCUAAGGGCCUGGCCUGAGCUGGGAUGCUUGGAGCAGGGAGGUGGGACCCUCCAGGUGCACAGGCUCCAAGCUCCCAGGCACACCCCAGGAGGCCAGCCUUGACCACUCUCCACCUGCCAGGGACAGACGGGGUGGCCUCCCAGCUCACCCCAGCCCCAAAACUCUCCUCUGCUGCUGGCUGGUUAGAGGUUCCCUUUGACGUCAUCCCAGCCCCAAUGAACGACUAUUUAUUAAAUGCCCAGCCCCCUCUGACCCCCGCAGCCUUGUGAGUACCAGUCCUCCCAUCUCACACAUGAGCCUCAGGCCAGGCCCCUCUGCCCGCUCCCCCAGGCCUUGUCGUGUCUCCUGGUCCUGCUGCGGUUGCCAGUCACCCCGGCCACCUGCGGUGCUAUCUCUCCCCGCCCCUCUGUACAGAGCCCACGCCCCCACUGGUGACGUGUCUUUUCUUGCAUGAGGCUAGUGUGGUGUUUCCUGGCACUGCUCCCAGGGAGGCUCUGCCCUCGGUUAGGCAUUGCGGGAAGGGGAGGUGAGGCUAUCUGGUGGCUUUGACAACGGGUGGCUUUCUUCCUUGGCCUACGCUGUGCUGAGUCUGAAGACUGGAUUCUGAUCCUAGUUCCACCACCAACCCACAGAGUUACUCCCAUCUGUGAAAGAAAAGAGCGGGGCAAGGAAUACCCGUCCCCCUGACCUUGCUCAUUGACCUGAAGCCCUUCUCUCCAGUCCGGAAUGCAGCCUCCCAGUCCUUGUCAGAGCACUUGAGUUCCUCCCGAUGGACUAAUUUGUCUUUGGACCCUGAGACCCGGAGGGCCUGCAAGGAAGUGAGUUGAUAGCAUAGAUCCUGCUCUGUGGGUCCCCAGAUGGAGGUGGGCAGAGUGGAGACCAUCCCUGAAGGCCCCGCCCGGGUUCAGCCACUGAGACAGCCUCCCCUCACCCACUAAGAGGGAGAAGGGAGAGCUCUAGGCACGUGUCUAAGAAGCCCAGGAAAGGCUCCGGAAGCAGCCACACUCCUGAUGCUCCUUCAGGGACUCCCGCAGGCAGCCAGGCCUUGAGACCCUUCGGUCCCACCCCACAUAUGUCAGAUGCUUUCCUGAAGCCUGGGUUCCCCUCCCACCUCUCUCACUCCUUGCAAACACUGUUCUCUGCCCUCCGAGACCUUCUCCUUCAUCUUUGUCCCCACCGCAGACAGGACCAGGGAUUUCCAUGAUGUUUCCACAAGUCCCCUGUUGGUUUCUGAAAGGGACUCUACCCGGGAAGGAGGGUGGGACAUGGGAAAGGGGGAGUUGUGGGCAUAAAGUCAGGACUUCCCUUUUUGGGCUACUGAAGGUUCAAGCAUGCCUGGAUGGGGUCGCGCCUGCCAGCCUGGCCCCUCAGGGUCCCUCGUGGCAGCUCACCUCUCCCUUGGAUUGUCCCCAAGUGUGACCCUUGCCCUCUACCUAAGGGGCCUCUCGUGGGCUGGAUUCUACCCAGGUGCCAGGAACACUCCUUCGCAGAUGGGUGGUUGGAGGAAGGAAACGCGGCCCUGGUUCACAGAGAGCAGGAAGCUGUGCGGUCCUGCCCACCCGGCCUCUGCGCUCCCUUGCUGAGCAUGGCGCAAUAUAUUCAGGAAGCUCAGGGAAUGGCUCAAGUGGGCUCACUCUGGCAGCUCAGAGAGGGUGACAGUGGGUCCAAUGCACUUUGUUCUGGCUCUUCCAGGCUGGGAGAGCCUUCCAGGGGUGGGGCACUCGCUGAUGGGGCCCCGCCUCCUUUGUGAGGAAGCUGCUGGGGACAGCUGGUCCCCCUUCCAUGGACAUUGUUAGUUUCUCCAAGCGUGACAUGGAUGACGAUGAUGUAGGAAGACUUUGGAAAGGGUGGAUUGAUCCUUUGACUUUUCCAACCCUCAUCACCAAUGUCUGUGUCGUUUUGUAUUUUACUAAUAAAAUUUAAAAGUCUUGUGAA